AUGGCUGCUACUUCCAGAGAUCAGCCCAGUUCCCACUUGGGUAUUAAACAGCCGCAAGUUAAAGAGGUUACAGGGACCGUCAUUAUGUUGGAUGAUCCCGACGAGGACGAUGACACACAAUCAAUGAAGCGUUCAGCAAAGGGAAUCAUUCUCAAUCCACAGCCACAUGACUCUCCGAAUGAUCCCUUAAAUUGGCCAGUUUGGAAACGUGAUAUCUGUUUAUUGAUCAUUGGGUUUCAGAGUUUCUUAGGAGGUGGUAUGUCUCCAUUUUUAGCUGCUGGUAUGAAUACAUUAUCACAAGAAUUCAAUAAAUCAUUAACUACAAUUUCCUAUUUGGUUGGGGCGUUUAUGUUGGCUUUGGGGUUUGGAUCAGUAUUUGCCAGUCCCACUGCUAUCUUAUAUGGUAAAAGACUUGUUUAUGUUGCAGGUAUCUUUAUUUUCAUGAUGGGUGCCAUUUGGGGUGGUGCUGCAGAUAGCUUUGGCAAUCUUAUGGGGGCAAGAAUUAUAACAGCCUUUGGGGCAUCACCUACUGAAUGUCUACCUAGUUCAACUAUUGCUGAAAUUUAUUUUGCCCACGAACGUGCUUAUAGAGUGGGAAUUUACACUAUGUUGAUGUUGGGUGGUAAAAACAUUAUUCCAUUAUUAUCAGGUUUGGUGUUUCAAUACUUGGAUAGACAUUGGCUAUUCUGGAUUUUAGCAAUGUUUUUGGGUUUCAAUUUAGCUGCCACUAUUUUGUUCGUCCCGGAUACGUUUUGGGAUAGAAAUCCUGUUCCUUCCAAAAAGAUCGUUGGAAGAAACGAAAAUUAG